AUGUACCUGAUCACUGUGUUUGGAAACCUACUCAUCACCCUGGCCAUCAGCUCAGACUCCCACCUCCACACCCCUAUGUACUUCUUCCUCGCCAACCUGUCCUCUGUAGACAUUUCUUUCACCUCCACCACCAACCCCAAGAUGCUUCAGAACAUCCAGACUCAGAGUAAAGUCAUAACUUAUGAUGGUUGCAUCACUCAGAUAUACUUUUUCCUACUCUUUGCUGGAAUGGAUGAUUUUCUCCUGGCUGUAAUGGCCUAUGACCGCUUUGUGGCCAUCUGUCACCCCUUGCACUACACAGUUAUCAUGAACCCAUGUUUCUGUGGACUGUUGGUUCUGGUGUCCUGGCUCUCCGUUGUCUCCUUAUUUUACUGUACAAUCCUAGGAGUGUACCUAAGCUCUGCUGCUCCCCAGAGCUCCCACUCAGGUGCAGUAGCCUCGGUGAUGUACACGGUGGUGACGCCCAUGCUGAACCCCUUCAUCUACAGCCUGAGGAACAGAGACAUAAAGAGGACUUUGAAAAGAAUUGUUGGGAUUCCAGUGACGUAA